UGUUGUUCUCUUUUGAACGCUCUUUUCUCUCCUUUUUAUUUUUUUAUUUUUUUUUUCUGCAAGAACAUACACACACACACUCACACACCAAAACUAGGAGAGAUAUAGAAAUGACGCCGACCGUGACAGAUGAUUUUAUAAGUUUUGGUCAAUUUCCUGUUGAUCCUUGUGAAACAAUUCAAGUGAAAAGAUACAAAAGUUCAAAAACGGGUUUAACAGCUGUUCAUGCUGAUGUAGAAGGUCCUCUUGUCAGUGGAUUCCUUGCUUUAGCUACCAAAGUAAUGAACGACGAUGGAUGUCCGCACACACUUGAGCAUCUUGUAUUUCUGGGUAGUGAGAAAUAUCCAUACAAAGGUGCGCUUGAUUCACUUGCUCCAAGAGCAUAUGCUCCCGGAACUAACGCGUGGACAGAUAUUGAUCACACUUGUUAUACCAUAACAACGGCUGGAAGUGAUGGAUUUCUGCAACUUUUACCCGUUUAUGUAGAUCAUAUAUUAUUUCCUACAUUAACAGAUGAGGGCUUCUAUACGGAAGUUCAUCAUAUCGAUCAGAACGGAGAGGACGCUGGUGUUGUUUACUGUGAAAUGCAAGCACGCGAGAAUUCAAUGAACGAUCGAAUGCAACGAAGAUUGCAGCAUUUAAUCUAUCCUAAAGAAAGUGGAUAUCAGAACGAAUCUGGAGGUUUGAUGGAGAACCUUCGAACUCUAAAAAUUGAAUCAAUCCGACAGUACCACAAUCAGUUUUAUAAACCCGAUAACUUGGUGAUUGUCAUAACAGGAAAAUUAGAUCAAGUUCAUCUCUUGUCAACUCUGGAACAAAUCGAUAAAGCAAUUUUGGAUAGACAUAACUACACAUUACCAUGUCCCAUAAAACAGCCUUGGAUGCCUGCUCCACACAUACCGGAUUUACAAAGCGAUCACAUUGAAACUAUUUACUUUCCGGGCGAAGAAAAUAGCAUGGGUGAAAUUACUGUUACCUGGCUAGGUCCCAAAUGGAAUGCUUUUCUACAGAUCCAAGCCAUACAUAUGUUGAAUGCUUAUCUCAGUGACACCCCAAUCGCUCCCCUGAAAAAAGUAUUUGUAGAAAGAAACGAUCCUUAUUGUACAGAAUUAGACUUUAGAUUUGCCGAAAGAAGUAGAAUGGCAAUCACUGCCAGUUUUCAGAAUGUGCCCUUGAACAAAGCCGACGAGAUUGUGCCAACAUUGAUUUCUACUUUGCAUGAAAUCGUAAAUACUCAAAGUAUUGACAUGGAAAGAAUGAUUGCACUGAUCAGAAAAGAAAAAUUAAAGUUUCUUGAUGAAUAUGAAACUCAGGCUACAUAUAUGGUAGCUCUGCCGGCAAUCACAGCUUGUCUUUAUGGAGAUAUUGGUAGUGACGAUUUCGUAAAUGCUUUACAACAAGCAAAGUAUUUGGACGUCUUGGUAGAUUUUACAAAAGAGGAUUGGUUGCAUCUUUUGAAGCAAACUUAUAUCGAUGCUGCCUACACUGCCCUUAUCGGUAAACCUUCAAUAUCUAUGUCCACAGAAUUAAUACAAGAUGAGCAAAAGCGAACAGAGACGCAACGAGCGAUGCUUGGAGAGGAAGGCCUUAAAGUGCUGGGUGCUAAAUUAGACCAUGCAAACCGCAUGAAUGAAGCCCAAAUUCCAUCUAGAAUCAUGGAAGGAUUUCCUAUACCCAGCGUCUCCAGUAUAUCAUCCAUUGAAGUGUUGACCGCUGUCAACCCAUACAAUCAACGGGCUGUCUCUCUGCCCAGGAACCGUGUCCAAGCACAUGUCAGUAGAGACGGUCAUGUGAAGGAUAUUCCUUACUUUAUCCAAUACGACCAUAUUCCAUCGGCCUUUGUAACUAUAUCUGUGUACAUGAACACAUCGUUUAUGCCUUCUCAUUUAAGACCGUAUGGAAGAAUGUAUAUGGACACAAUAUUCGCUUCGCCCAUUUGUAUCGGCAAUACAAACUAUAUCAAUCACGAUGAUGUUAUUCAAAAAUUAGACUUGGAUAUCAUUUCGUAUGAUGCUUCUUUGGGUUACAAAGCUGCGUUUCGUGAGUACAUUGUGGUCACUAUCAAAGUCGAAGCUAAAAAAUAUGCCGCAGGCGUAAAUUGGUUACAACAUCUUAUGUGGAACAUUCAAUUCACUCAUGAUAGACUUGUUGUAGCAGUAAAUAAAACACUCAAUGAUAUUCCACAAGCAAAACGGAGUGGAAAAUUAGUCACCGACUGGACAAUUCGUGCUAUUCACACGGAUAUUACAAAGUCUACAGAAGCCUCCUGUAGUUACUUGUAUCAAGAUACUUUUCUUCCUCGGGUAUUAGAAAAUCUGAGAAAGAACCCAAAUCAAGUCAUACAGGAUAUGAAUGAUUUUAGAUCUAUUUUGUGUCGAGGUGAGAAUUUGCGAGUACAUGUGAUGGGAAACAUAUUAAACCUCAAAAGACCAAAGAGUGUGUUUAAAUCUUGGAAACGCUGUCAGGGCAAAUUUAAAUCACUACCACCUGUAAUUAGAUCAAAAGAUGCAUUUGGAAUUUUUGGCCGAAGGCCUGGUCAUUGUACGUCAAUUGUAGUGCUACCAUCGACGGAAAGUUCAUUUUCCAUUCAUUCCGCCAAAGGACCUUCUGAUUUCGACUCCCCAGAAAUACCACCAUUGUUAGUACUCAUGGAAAUGCUACAUGCAAUGGAAGGUGUCUACACACGUCUUGUCCGUGGUCUUGGAUUAGCUUACAAAUGUUGGCUAUCAAAUUUGACUGAGGCUGGAUUAAUAUCUCUGUGCAUACUUCGAUCUACAAAUAUCCUCAGUGCCUUUGAACAUGUCAAAAACGCAACACAUCAAUUAGCCAACGGAGAGAUAUUGUUUGAUGCAUAUGCCUUAGAAGGUGCAAAAAGUAGCGUGAUCUUUGAUAUCGCAGAUUGUGAAAACACUCGAGAAGUGGCUGCAGCACAAUCGUUUAUAAACAAGGUGUUACGACAAAGCAAAAGGCAAAAACGUGAUUUCUUCAAGGCUGUUCAGGAUGUCACAAUGGACGAUAUUAUCCAAAUUCUGCUCAAGUAUAUUGUGCCUCUUUUCGAUUCCAACACUUCAAAUCACGUCAUUGUUAGCUCUAGUGCAAAGAGUCAAGAAAUUGCACAAUCAUUUUUUCUCAUGGGUCACCCCUCACAAGUCAUUAAAGUCGAAGACGUGUAUGGCAGAAAUCUCUUUCAACAAGUAGAAUAGAAUUACUUUUUUUUCACCCGACGCCAGUAUAUAUUUAAUGUACAAAUUUAAACCAAAACAAACAAAAGCAAACUUCAUUGGCAACGUCUCAUUACUUAUCCCCUCUUGCCAAAUCCUUUCUUUAUAAUAAAUUAAAUAAUAAAAUGUCCUACCAUAUUCUCACUCA